GCCGGAUGCCCUUCCUGACGCGACCCUCUGCAUUUAUCCGGGCUUGGGACCGGCCUACGGAUUGGACUGGUUUGUAUUUCUUGCUUUUGCUCUGCCUCAAAUGAAGAAAUAGCAACGCAAAAUAGUACGGGGCUGUGGUGACUAGCGAACACAAGCGCAGGUACCAAACUGCAUCAUUAGGCUUUGCUUGCCAAAACUACCGAACCCAGAACGCUAACUAGCCACUGCUCUUUCAACUGCUUCAUAAGAAAAGGGCAGCGUGGACUUGUAGCGCUCCCCAGAGUUCCAGAUGGGCCACAAAAGCCUUGUAAGACAGGACUCGGCAACAUACUUGGCGACGGCGCACGCAUGCGCACACUAAUCCCGGUUGAGUGCGUCGUGUGCGCACUAGCGUGUUGUUUCCGUGUCCUCGGCAUGGAGCGCGCGUCCUCACCGGUUCGCUUUCGCAGUGACGCCCGAGGUAUGUCCUGUUAUCAAUAAAGUACAUUGACUCGUACACCUUCCUCGCCACUACCACAGUAUUACGGUACAUUCCCGAGUCCUAGUUUACACCUGCUGAUCCAGUUAAAUGUAUUUGAACCGUGAUUAAUUGACACGGCCAGUCACUCUUGUACCGCUAACGGUUGCGUGUUUACAUGCUCUUCUAGUCUAGCUUAUUUCCUGGCACGUUCACACCAUGACGGGUAAUACGUGGAGGGCGUUAUACACGCAUGAUGAUUGGAAAAAUGAUACUUAUAUUCCACGUCUAUGUGUUGCUUGAAGGUUGCAUGUACUUGUAAUCGGCAUCAUGUGUUUGCGUGCAUGCACACCGACAGCUGCAACUUUGUCAGAGAAGGAGCUGUCUGGUCUACGUGUGAUGGACGACGACGCGGUCCACUUCCCUUUCGCCUCGCGGUACCAUUCCCCGGUGGGUCCCGAGAAGACGGUGGCGCCGCCCUUGUCACCCUCCCCCGCAUCGAGGGUCCCCGUCAGCCCCGGCCGGGGGAUUCGGGACUCGUCUUCCCCGCCCACCCGGAGGACGCCCGUGCCGCAACGCUCGGGGGACUUGCAUCUCGGCCCCGCGUCCCGCCCGCACCCACCCUGGGGACGCUUCGACCCGUACGAAUCGCCAGAGGACCAGGACAAAGAGCUUGUGGGCUUUGCCGGUUUGCCCAGUCAAGUUCACAGAAAAGCCGUGAAGAAGGGCUUCACCUUCACGCUGAUGGUGGCAGGUCAGCCUCCGCACGCCACCGCCACUGCCGCCACGCGCGGCCGCAUCCGCAAUGACGCCUCCGAGUCCGCAGGCGAGAGCGGCCUCGGGAAGUCGACGCUGAUCGACAGCUUGUUCCUCACCGACCUUUACAAAGACCGGAAGAUUCCCGACGCGGAAGGUCGGCGGAUCGUUUCCAUCCGCUGCGGUCGAGCGGCUUGUUCGUUUGAGUAUCGCCUUUCCAAGGUUGUUCUUCGCGGAUUUCUUUUUUCUGAUUCUAGAGCGGAUCGGUCGGACGGUCAGCACGCUCAAGCGGACGGUCAGCAUCGAGGAGAAAGGCGUCAAGUUGCGGCUGAGCAUCGUCGACACGCCGGGCUUCGGCGACGCCGUCGACAACACGCGAAGGUCUCGGCUCUGCGCCGGCCCGCCCGCCUUCACGCGUUCAUUUUUCCGCAUCCCGUUUUCCCCUCCGCACGGCAGCUGGAAGCAUCUGGAGGACUACGUGGAGCAGCAGUUCGAACAGUUCUUCAGGGACGAGAGCGGCUUGGACCGCAGGAACAUCCAGGACAACCGCGUACACUGCUGCCUCUACUUCAUCUCUCCUUAUGGACACGGACUGCGACCACUGGACGUCGAGUGCUUGCGGGCCUUGCACGACAAAGUCAACAUCGUUCCCGUGCUGGCCAAAGCCGACAGCCUGACGCAGGCCGAGGUGCGCCGGAAGAAGAGCAAGGUGGGGCGCUGACGCUAAUGCUAGCAUGGAGCCGGGCGCCGAGCAUGACUGCGAGCACACGCGUUUUUCGGCGCAGGUCCGCGAGGAGCUCCGACGCUUCGGGAUCAACAUCUACCAGUUCGCCAGCUGCGACUCUGACGACGACGACGACUUCAAGAGGCGGGACCGGUUGCUCAAGGUUCCCCCGGCGAGUCGACAAAAUAACGCCCAACGGAGUUCACCGCGUGACGGCCGCCGUGUCGCGUGCGUUGCAGGACAGCGUCCCGUUCGCGGUCAUCGGGAGCAACGUCCUGGCGGAGAGUCGAGGGCGGAGGGUCAAGGGUCGCACGUACCCCUGGGGGGUGGCGGAAGUGGAGAGUCCGGCCCACUCGGAUUUCCUGCUCCUGCGGGACAUGCUGCUUGCGUGCCAAAUAUCAAGGAGGAGGUGCCGCAGACAUCCCGCUGCCGCUGGCCGCCUUCGACGCGGACAAGGGUCGAUUCAUCUCGGAGGAAGACCGGGAGUCACAGGGAGCCACAAUAGAAGGAUGAACGGACCACCGGUGGCAGGUCUGGACGAACCGGGCCUGUGCACGUCAACGGCAAAACGAAGCUUCAGAUCUCCAAGAAGUCACUUGCGGAUCGGGGGAAGCCGGAAUCGACAACACGACGACGCACGCUGUGGACUAUCGCCCCCUGGUGGCAGCGACGUCCAGGCGGCAGCGACGCCCCGGAUUCCUCUUCACCCGCUCUCACGUUCCCUCCUUUUUCCAUUUUUGACAUUGACUGCUGCUGUUUCUACCGCCCUCUAUUGGUCAUCCAUUAUCCAUCGUUUGUGUAUAGUUCGGAAAAUCCAAUAAAAACUGCUGAAAUGAGGACCCAAAGGAUGUGGAAUGUUGUA